AUGGUCUUCCUUUCCUUCCUCACACUUUACAGAGCAAACCACAGCAGCACGCGCAACAACGUCAACAACGUCAACAGCGUCAACAACGUCAACAGCGUCAACAACGUCAACAGCGUCAACAACGUCAACAGCGUCAACAACGUCAACAACAACCUCUUUUGCAAGAAGCUGGGGAUCGAGGUGCCGGCUGAGAUGGGUUCCCCGCCUAGAUUUCCAUUGCUGAGCUGCGAUGGUCUUGGCGCUUUGGAUAAGCUGGAGAAGAAAGACAAAGCCCGUGAGGACUUGCAGGCUGUGGUCACCCACUGCCACGACUUGGUGAAGGAAGGAGGGACGGAUGGGAAGACCUCCUACCUGACUUGUAUCGCCCUCCAGGUUUGGGCAGUCAAGUACAACAUAUCGCUCAGUGCCAUGGACGAAUAUUGGCCGGAGCAUCGAUGCGGCAACUCCACCUCUUCGCAAGAGCUGGCGGCUCCCCUGGCAGCGAUCGCGUACGUGAGUUUGGGGGGUUCGCUGACGGGCGCCACUGUGCCGACAAAAGACAAGGAAGAAGCACGGCAGAUUUCACGCAACUGGGCGUAUGCUCUGGGCAGGGAGCACUUGGAGACCGGGAGACAAGUGUUCGUGGGGCAAACCUUCCUCAGCGCGGAAGCUCGUUUAUCUCCGCAAGACGAAUCAUGGACGCCGUCCAUCAUUGUGAAAGAUGGAGAGGGUGCCACGUUCUUCGAGACCAAACUGUAUACGAACCUGUAUGAGGCAGAGAAGCCAGUCGUGGAUUCCGUCAGACAGAAGCAGGAGGAAAACCGCACGAAGAAGCAGGAGCAGGAGCAGGAGCAGUUGAGACUGGAGCAGUUGAGACAGGAGGGUUUGAACGAGGUGCGGUCGAAAGAGACGUGGUUUAGACACUAG